AUGGGGUCUAGAGCUAUAGCAAUCUCAACCCUUGUGCUGAGGAUCUUCACUCUCCUAGCUUUAGUUGCUUGUGUGGUGCUUUUUAUUACCAAUACUUUUCGUGAUACAGUGUUUGAUGAUGGCUCGAAGGUCACUUUCAAGGAUCUCACCACAUACAGGUUUGUACUCUCGACGGCGGUAAUUGGGGCAGCCUAUACACUCUUGCAAUUACCCUUUGCUUUGUACUAUGCUUUGACAGAGAAGAGGUUGAUAAAACUCGAUAUCUUGCCGGAGCUUGACUUAUAUGGCGACAAGAUCAUCGCAUUCCUUCUUGCCUCGGGUGUUGGUGCUGGUUUUGCAGCUAGUGUUGAGAUCAAAUCCCUUUUGAAAGACUUGUUUGAUGCUUUUGCAAUUGCUGGUUUUCAAGAUACAGAAGACAGCAAGGCUCUCUACGAUAAGUUCCUAAACAAGGGGAUUAUAGCUACCAGUGCUCUUGCCUUUGGAUUUGUUUGCACGGCUUUAGUUUCAGUGCUUUCAUCUGUCAACCGGACCAAGACUACUAAAGGUUUAAGUUUUAUAGCUCCAGAUAGCAUAACCAUUGGGUCUGUUAUGCCUUCUUUUGUGCCCUCUAAUGCACCUUAUACUGCGCCUUCUAGUGAGCAAUAUGGCUUACCAUCUAGGCCUUCAUCUUCCUCAGAGUGUCCUAUUCUGUCUCUGCCAGCUUUAGAUCUCUAUAUUGAUCUUUCCUGUUACUCCCUCCCACAAGAGCCCACGUCAGAGAGGUCUAUUGCACCAUUUGCUUUGAGAUUUGAAAUUGUAGCCUUACAUGCCAAUAACACUUGGUUUUUGGUUCCAUUUAAACCUUUCAUGAAUGUUAUUGGCUGUCGUUGUUUUUACAAAAUCAAGCGAUGGGUCGAUGGUGUUAUUGAUUGCUACAAGGUGCGCUUAGUUGAGUGUGGUUUCACUCAACAAGAGGUUUCUACUACUCCAAAACCUUCAGUCAUGUUGUUAAACCAACUAUUAUUUGGCUUGUUCUUGCCAUUAUUGUAUCUAACCAUUAGCAGAUAUGUUAGCUUUAUGCGCAUUAUGCCUUCACUAAUGGUUCCCUUCAAAAGUUGGGGUGGUAUGUCAUCCUGCAAGCCUGUUGAUACACCGACUUCUAUUUCCAAGAUUUAUGCUUCUCUCCUAAUUUUAUUGCCACCAUUUGGUAUGACAAUUUGGGUGCUACUUAUUUAA